CCAAUUCCUCCCGAUUCCAAGACCAGCGCGUCUAAACGCUGAUGAGAAGCAGCACUGAUUAAGCAGAAAAAAACAGAAAGGAGUUUCAGCGAGCGACUCCCACAAGAAAAGAAACGCCUCACUGUUGGGUAAUUUCAAUGGGAAAAGGACUGUAGUCAUUUUUUAGUUAAAAUGGGAACGGGAAAGUUGCAAAGGACAAUUUGAGAGAGACCGUUCUGGGAUAUUAGUGGACUCGAGCUGCGCUGGAUUUGAUCUGCCCUUAAAGGAGAAGCGCAGCACACUGGAUUUUUACAUUGAACUCAAGAGAGUUGUAAUGUCUUGAAGCAGUACCCGGCCCGUUUGAAGGAUGUACAGUGAGUGCUGAUGGAAACUGCUGCUCCAAUAUGAGUGUUCAUGAUGUUGGCGGGAGACGACGCUUUGAGGACUCUGAGUUCACCCUGCGCAUCUACCCAGGGGUCAUCGCAGAGGGCACCAUCUACUGCCCCGUCGCCGCCCGUAAGAUCACUUCGGCCGCGGAGGUCAUCGAGCAGGUCAUUGAUCGGCUGCAGCUAGAUCGGACGAAAUGCUAUGUCCUGGCAGAAGUGAAGGAGUUCGGCGGGGAAGAAUGGAUCCUCACCCCAACCGACUGUCCCGUCCAGCGCAUGAUGCUGUGGCCUCGCAUGGCCUUGGAGAACCGCUUCAGCAGCGAGGACUACCGCUUCCUGCUGCGAGAGAAGAACCUCGAUGGCUCCAUCCACUACGGCAACUUGCAGAUGUGGCUGCAGGUCACAGAAGAGCGGCGGCGCAUGAUGGAGCGGGGCUUCCUGCCGCAGCCCUUGCCGAAGGACUUCGAUGACCUUUGUAACCUGCCGGAUCUCAACGAGAAGACUCUGCUGGACAACCUGCGCAGUCGCUUCAAACAGGAGAAGAUCUACACCUAUGUGGGCAGCAUCCUCAUAGUCAUCAACCCCUUUAAAUUCCUUCCUAUCUAUAACCCUAAAUAUGUUAAGAUGUAUGAUAAUCACCAGCUGGGCAAGCUGGAGCCGCACAUCUAUGCGGUGGCGGACGUGGCCUACCAUGCUAUGCUGCAGAGUAAGCAGAAUCAAUGCAUUGUUAUUUCUGGGGAGAGUGGAUCAGGCAAGACUCAAAGCACCAACUUCCUGAUCCACCAUCUCACGGCUCUAAGUCAGAAAGGCUUUGCUAGUGGAGUUGAGCAGAUCAUUCUGGGUGCUGGACCAGUGCUGGAGGCUUUUGGCAACGCUAAAACAGCCCAUAAUAACAACUCCAGCCGUUUUGGGAAGUUCAUCCAGGUGAACUAUCAGGAAAGUGGCACAGUUAGAGGGGCAUAUGUGGAGAAAUACCUGCUGGAGAAGUCCCGGCUCGUCUAUCAGGAACACAAUGAAAGGAAUUACCAUGUGUUCUACUACCUGCUGGCAGGGGCGAGUGAAGAGGAGAGGACAUUGUUCCACCUCAAAAAGCCUGAAGAAUACCAUUACCUCAAUCAGAUGACAAAGAAACCUCACAGGCUGCACUGGGAAAAUUACUAUGAGAACGAACCGCAGGAUUGCUUCACAGUUGAAGGGGAGGAUCUUAAACAUGACUUUGAGCGCUUGCAGCUGGCUAUGGAGAUGGUGGGCUUCCUUCCCGCCACGCGGAAACAGAUUUUCUCUCUGCUUUCAGCUAUCCUUCAUUUAGGGAACAUCCGAUACAAGAAGAAGAUAUACCGGGAUGACUCCAUUGACAUCUGCAAUCCUGAAGUUCUGCCUGUGGUAUCAGAGCUGCUUGAGGUCAAGGAGGAAAUGCUUAUUGAGGCCCUGACAACACGGAAAACGGUGACAGUGGGCGAGAAGCUGAUAGUCCCAUACAAACUGGCUGAGGCUGGGACGGUAAGGGACUCCAUGGCUAAGUCUCUCUACAGUGCCCUUUUUGACUGGAUUGUGUUCCGGAUCAAUCACGCCCUGCUCAACCAAAGAGACUUGGAAGAAUCAGCCAAGAUCCUGUCCAUCGGGGUUCUCGAUAUCUUUGGUUUUGAAGACUACGAGAACAACAGCUUUGAACAAUUCUGCAUCAACUUCGCCAACGAGAGACUCCAGCACUAUUUCAACCAGCACAUUUUUAAGCUGGAACAGGAAGAGUAUAGAUCAGAAGGCAUUGCUUGGCACAACAUUGAUUACAUCGAUAACACUGGUUGCAUUAACCUCAUCAGCAAGAAGCCCACAGCACUGCUCCACCUACUGGAUGAAGAAUGCAACUUUCCACAAGCCACCAAUCAGACCCUCCUGGACAAGUUCAAGCGGCAGCAUGAGGGAAACAGCUAUAUUGAGUUUCCUGCAGUCAUGGAGCCGGCCUUCAUCAUUAAACACUACGCAGGAAAAGUCAAAUAUGGAGUGAAGGACUUCAGAGAGAAGAACACGGACCACAUGCGGCCAGACAUCGUCGCGCUCCUCAAGAGCAGUAAGAACGCCUUCAUCUGUGGUCUGAUCGGUAUUGACCCAGUGGCCACCUUCCGCUGGGCUGUACUCAGGGCCUAUUUCAGAGCCAUGGUAGCCUUCAGGGAUGCUGGGAAGAGACAUGUGGAGAAACGCAGCGGGCAUGACGCUGCUGCUCCAGUUGUGAAAAGUGUGGAUAGCUUUAGUUUUCUGCAUCACCCUGUGCAUCAGAGAAGCUUAGAGAUCCUGCAGAGGUGCAAAGAGGAGAAAUACAUCCAGCAUGCAUGCUUCUCGGGCAGCCCACCACUGUCCCCUCACUGGAGCCCCUGUUCUGAGCACUCGCGCCCCAGCACCGCUCCAGCACAGAGUACACACUCAUUUCUCUUGCCCUCUGAGGACAGCGGGCUCACAAUAGGUCUGCUUGAUGGAGGUGUGAACAGGAGGAAUCCUCGCACUCCACUAUCUGAUCUGCAGGGAAGCAACACACUCAAUCAACGAGAGGGAUGGAAUGGGCAUCCUGGGAGACAAAACCGUCUGUCCUCUGCUGGAUCCUUCAAUGAAGAGGACGGCAUCUUCGUCAACUCCACCAGCAGUAAACUCCUGGUGCGAGCCCACGGCAUCCUUAUGAGAAAUAAAAACUAUAAAAUGAAGCCCAGUCUUCCUAAGCACUUACUGGAUGUCAAGUCUCUGAAGUACCUGAGUAACCUGACGUUACACGAUCGCAUCACAAAGUCCCUGCUGCACCUCCACAAGAAAAAGAAACCCCCAAGUAUCAGUGCCCAGUUCCAGGCCUCUCUCAACAAACUGAUGGAGACGCUGGGUCAGUCAGAGCCAUACUUUGUGAAGUGCAUACGAUCAAAUGCCGAAAAGCUCCCUCUGCGUUUUAAUGAUGCCCUGGUGCUGAGACAGCUUCGCUACACAGGCAUGCUGGAAACCGUGCGUAUCCGACAAUCUGGCUACAGUAUCAAUUACACUUUUCAGGACUUCGUUCGACACUUCCAUGUGCUGUUACCAGAGGGUACCAACCAGGCCAGCCAGGAAGCUAUCAGACGGUACCUGCACCAGGUGGCUCUCACUCCUGAAGGGUUCCAAAUGGGCCAUACCAUGGUGUUCCUCCGUGAAACAGAGCGUCAGCGGCUACAAGACCUGCUCCAUCAGGAGGUGCUGCGUAGAAUCAUUAAUCUUCAGCGACGUUUCAGAGCUCUUCUGGAGAGAAGGAACUUCCUCAGAAUGAGACAGGCUGCUUCCCAGAUACAGAACUGGUGGAGGAGCUGUCAGUCUUCACAGGGGGUCAGCAGGUUUGAGUAUGUCCAGCAGGGGGCAGCGGUUUGUAUCCAGUCGGCCUGGAGAGGCUUUAAAGAGAGGCGCAGACUCCUGCUGUGGAGGGAGGCAGCCGUGGUGAUCCAGAGAACCUGGAGGCAGUAUUGGCGGGGGCGGGCAGCCCUCCGGAUCCAGACUGCAUGGAGAAGACACAGGGCCAGAGAGCUCUACCUCCGGCAGCGGGAUAUCACCAUCCGCAUGCAAGCAGUGGGUAGAGGCUAUCUGGCAAGGCAGAGAUUUAGAGAACUUCAAGAGCAGAGCUUAAAAUCCACUCAAAUGCCAAAUGGAAAGACUAGUCUGUUACCAGAAGAGGGCAAUCUGAGAGACAUGGGUUUGGAUCAAAGUAUAUGGGAAGACUCCAGCGAGGUGCAGGACGGGAGCAAACAGACCCUCAUUGUUGCAGUAGAGGUGCCUGGAGAUGAUGUUUUGGAAGAGCUGGUGCCAGAGAUUACAGAGGGUACGGCAACAGUACAACCGACAUCUGAAGUGACAAUCCGAGAAAGACCACAGACUCUAGAGGAUCCCAACCAGAGGACCCGGGCCAAACGGGAGAGCCGGCGGAUGCGAGAGUUGGAGCAGGCCAAAUUCAGCUUGGAGCUUCUUAAGGUACGCUCCACUGGAGGCGCGUCUCCUUCGGAAGAAAGGCGCUGGUCAAUGGAGCUGGUCAGUGAGAUCCCUCACACUCCUCAGGGUACUCCAGACAGCCAGAGCUCCAAGGGCAGCUUUGAGCUACUCAAUGUAGAUGACUAUUUCAAAGACAAGGCACCUUGUGCCGAACCAGAGGACCUUGGUUCUCCUUCUGUACCUGACAAGCACGAUGUGUUCUCCAACAUUCCCGAGUCCGCUUUGCCCUCUGACACUCCUGCACCUGAUAUAAUGUCAAAACCAGCUGGCCAACCUGAACCUCCCAAAAUGCAGAACUCGCUCCCAACUUUCUACUCCCCUCCAUUAGAAAGUAGCUCUCUAAUUGUGAAGUCCACCAUGAAUUCUGCCACCCCGUGCCCUGAUGGCCUCAGAAAAUCUAUUAAAGACAGGAAGGAGUCCACUCGGAGACCUAUGGUCGUGGUUAUUAGUAUGCAGAAGGAAAGCCUUUACAAUGAAGCAGAUGUGAAGCCUCCGGAGGUCAAAGACAGUGCCGCCCAGACCAGCGAGCCACCAAGCCCAGCACAGCCUAGCAGCGAAAGCCUUUAUGUUCUGGAAAGGCUAGAGAAGCUUAAUGAGCAAAAGGAAGAGCGUCAGAAACAUCAGCAGCAGCAAAUUGAAAAAGAGUUGAUGGAGCAGAUCCGUCAGCAGAAGCACAUCCUGAAAGAACAACGUGAAAUUUUCUCCCAACAUGAGAGGGAGAGGUAUGAGAAGCAGAGGGUUGAAGCUCAGCAAAGGAUCGAGCAGAGUAGACAAGAAGGUUCAGGAGGAAAGCCAUUCACAGACAGAGGCCCUGCUCCCUUAGCUCAGCCAGAGCCUGACCUCAGCUCCCAGCCACUGGUCCCGGAAAAGGAAGCUGCUCCUUCCAUUUUCAGAGGCCAACCAAAAGACAGUCGCAAUGUAGCAGAAGGGUGGGCACCGAAGUUGACCCUGGAAUCCAGAGGGGAUGAGGCCAGAAGGAGAAUAAAUACGAAACCGUCCACUCAGAAUGUCAACAUGAACAUGUCCGAGAGGCCUGGAAACAUGUUCUUUUCUCCGAAGGCCAAGGUUUCAAAGUUGGAUAAGGACUUAGCCAAUCAAGGGAAAACCGCAGGAGUCCAGAAUGAAGUGAGCCUCUUGGGUUACAAAUCCGCUAAGAGUGAGGUUGGCCGACCGGGUCAUAAAAAAGCCCGAAUGGCACGGACACGUUCAGACUUCUUGACCCGCGGUUCAAACGCCAUGGGAGAGGGGGAGUCAGAGGAGGAGGAGUAUGAUGAGACCCCUCUGUCUCCUGGCACACCCCUCCCCAAGCAGGACUCAGAGGAGAGCGCACUAGAGGCUUGUCACAGUGACUCCGAAAUGCCGGCCACAGCCAAUGAAGAGCAGAAGAGCAUGUAUAAAACCAUCUCAUCUGGAGAGCUGGGCAAAAGUGAUGUGAGGAAGAACUCUCAUGGAGAUGGAAGGGUUCGCACUAAAAUGCGAUUUUGGGGAAAGGCAAGGCAUGGAGAGAAGAAAACCUCGCGAGAACGGCUGCUGUGUGGCAGUGAUACUUUGGAAGGAGACUAUGCUGAAACAGCACUUCUAAUGGAAGAGGGGGUAGAGCGACUGACCCCUCCUCAAAGUCCAGACCUAACAUUACAGAGGGAGUUUAAAGAGAAUAAAGACCCGUCCCCUAAAGUGAAGCGCAGACGGAGUGUGAAGAUCAGCAGUGUGGCUCUGGAGCCCGUCCAGUGGCAGAACGAUGCCCUGCAGAUACUCACAUGUGCCAGUGACUACAGGAGCAUGAAUGACUUUCUCAUGAAGAAGAUUACUGAUUUAGACACAGAAGAUAGUAAGAAAGACACUAUGGUGGAUGUUGUCUUCAAAAAGGCCCUAAAGGAGUUCCGCUUGAAUAUCUUCAACUCGUACUCAACAGCUUUAGCUAUGGACGAUGGGAAAAGCAUUCGUUAUAAGGAUCUCUACGCCCUCUUUGAGCAAAUCCUGGAGAAAAGCAUGCGUCAGGAGCAGAGGGACUGGAACGAGUCACCGGUGAAAGUUUGGGUCAACACCUUCAAAGUCUUCCUGGAUGAGUUCAUGACCGAGCACAAACCUCUGGACAGCAGUAUGAGCAGGGCACCCAAACCAGACCGCAAGAAAAGAAGGAAAAAGGAUACUGAUAUAGUGGAGGAACACAACGGCCACAUAUUCAAGUCAACUCAAUACAGUAUUCCCACCUACUGCGAGUACUGCUCCUCCCUCAUCUGGAUGAUGGACAAGGCGUGUGUCUGCAAACUGUGCCGCUAUGCGUGGCACAGAAAGUGCUGUCAGAAGAUGACCACCAAAUGCAGCAAGAAGUAUGACCCUGAACUUUCGUCAAGGCAGUUUGGUGUGGAAUUGUCCCGUCUGACCAACGAUGAGCGAGCGGUGCCUUUAGUAGUCGAGAAACUUAUCAAUUACAUUGAGAUGCAUGGCCUGUACACAGAAGGGAUAUACAGGAAGUCUGGAUCCACCAAUAAGAUUAAGGAGCUGAAACAGGGUCUGGACACAGAUGUAAAUGGCGUGAAUCUGGACGACUAUAAUAUUAAUGUCAUUGCCAGCGUUUUCAAGCAGUGGUUACGUGACUUGCCUAAUCCUCUGAUGACCUUUGAACUGUAUGAGGAAUUCCUGCGGGCCAUGGGUCUUCAAGACAAAAAAGAAGCAAUUCGAGGGGUUUACUCUAUAAUCGACCAGCUCAGCAGAACUCAUCUGAACACUCUGGAGCGCCUUAUUUUCCAUUUGGUCAGGAUUGUCCUGCAGGAGGAAACAAACCGCAUGUCUGCUAAUGCGCUGGCUAUCGUGUUUGCUCCCUGCAUCCUGCGCUGCCCUGACACUACCGACCCUUUGCGGAGCGUUCAGGACAUUGGGAAAACCACAGCGUGUGUCGAGCUGAUCAUUUGCGAGCAGAUGAAUAAAUAUAAGGCCAGACUGAAGGACAUCAGCACUCUGGAAUUUGCGGAGAACAAAGCCAAGAGCCGACUAACAUUCAUCCGCAGGUCCAUGUCAAACUCAUUCAGAAAGGGUAAGGGCCAGGUGCACAGGGUGAGGUAUCACACACCGUCUCCUCCAGUGAGUCCUCGGUCUCCAACCGCCCCAGAGGUGAUGCAGGAGAGCGGAGAUGAGGAAGCCAGCAGAGAUCCAGAAGUCUCUGAGCAACAACAAGUCGCCAUGCAGCAGGAAGAGAAAGUCCUGACCGAACAAAUCGAGAGUCUCCAGAAAGAGAAGGAGGAGUUGACGUUUGAGAUGCUUGCUUUGGAGCCGCGGGCAUCUGAUGAUGAAACUCUGGAGUCAGAGGCCUCUAUAGGCACCGCAGACAGCUCUGAAAACCUGAAUGUGGACUCUGAGGGAGCCACUUCGGACUUCUUUGAGCGAGGCCCAGCGCUGGCCGCCGCGAGGCCCAAGAAGUCAGAGGGGAAGAGCAGGAGGGUUCUGCGAAAGCAGCCUGAAUCCCUGGACUCCAUAGACUCCAGUUCUACCGUCUCCUCUGUGUCGUCUUCCUAUAUGCAACCACCUGCACAAACCCAUAAAUUACGUUUGCGCUCCAAAUCACCUUCGACACGAUUAUAUCUAUCCAGCCCGCCUGACAGCCUGGACCAGCCCGAGCAUGAUGGAGAGGAGAGACCGCAGUUCACCAGCCGCGGCACCUUCAACCCAGAAAAAGGCAAACAGCGCCUGCAGGGUGCCAAGAACUCACCUCAGAGGCACCGUGACCCUCCGAUGGGCGGAGGGCAGAAGAGAGAUCCAGACUUGCCCCCCCAGCAGGUGGUGGUGUACGGCAGCAACGAGUUCAUGGUAUGAAGGCCACGAGGUUCCACGUCCAUCAACGGAAAAGAGCUCAUCCCUCCCUGCUAGCUCACAUUUGCUGCAUUAUAGUCCUUAAGUGCCAUGUUGACAGGAAAAGCAGGAGAUCUGCAUGUGAGAAAGCUGGAAAGCAGGGCAAAGGGAAUGCUGAACCAUUCCGAUCCGGAAUGUUCUCCUUUGGGUUCCCUGACUGUGAUCGGGCUCCAAAGGUGGGAGACGAAGCCAUUGAUGAACUAAACCACGGGCUGCUUUAACGUUUACAGCAUUCUCUCCGAUGUAUUUGCCCCCAAGCCUAUUUAAUAAAUUUUAUUUACAUGGAAUAUAUAAAUAUAUUAUGUGAUAUAAAGUGUACAAAGCCAGAGCACCAGUGACUGCUGGGUUGUUGAAUUCAUAUAUCGUGUAUCGGUCAUGAAUGAGUUGGAGAGAGAAGUGAGGAUGUUGGGUCUGUGUGGAUGUGUGUGAGGCUCCUCCGUAUGUGUGGGAGUGUGUGUCUUAUGAGAAAACCUCUGGAUAUGUUUGUGCUGCUUUUUGUGUUGUGCUUGGAGGGAAAUGAUGCCAUUAAAGGGACCAAGCAAACUGGUGUUAGAAUGCCAGAGGAUCCCACAUUAAAUGAAGACUCCAAAGUCUUCCAAAUCACCACAUAGUGUAUUACGUCAACAGCCAUCCAUCAGUUGUUUGAAUUCGUUUGGAUUGUCAUUCCUGUUUUUUGUGCUUAUCUGCCUCGAUCUUGCUUUAAGAAACCAGUGUUAAAACACAAAAAUGCAGAGUUACUGGAUUACUAUUACUUAAGGUAUUCUAAAUGGAAUCAUUCUGAAUCUUAGGAUCAUUCAUGCCCUGCAAACAUGAAAAUGACUUAAAUAUGACUUAAUAUAUUACCAAAUGGUCUCUUCUGCCUGUAUAUAUACUGUAAUGCAAUAUUUCCAUUUUUUCCCUAAAUAUUUAAUUAUUAAAUGAAACCUGGCUGUAAAAAUCCACACAAGUGCAUUUUGGAAGGCUAUGCUCCGAUUGGAUUCACAGCUCUCAUUCAGCUGCUGUAUUAGCAGUGUUGCCCUCAGAGAGAUUCUGAUAUCUCUCCCAUCAUUAGUUAUUGAUAUCAGGAAGCUGAUUGCGAAAUGAACAAAAUCAGUUAUUUUACUUGUGCCACCUGCAAAAUAUUUCUGUGUCUAGACCAUUUGUCAUUUCUUUGUCACUGUGGUUUGUGCAAAGAUCAUGAAGAUCAAGAUGAAUUUGUCACCGUCGUGUUAAACUGUGAUUAUAUCCAAUAACAUGGCUUGUUAAAGGUGAUGGUGGUUGGCAAAGGCUGUGUUUCUCACAGGAACAACGAGUCUGUGGACUCUGACAUCAAUCUCAGAAUUAAGACUGUUCAUUUAUAUUGUGGUGUUUAGAUCUCAUGCAUUGCUGAGACAGGAUUGAGCAAACAGCUGUCUGGCCUCAGAUUUGUCUUAUGUUAUGUGGAGUCGUGUUGAACAAAUAUUUCUUAUGAAAGAUAAACAGUUAAUGGUUGUCAAAUAAAUCACACAUUUUGAACAAUUAAGAACUGUUUUGGUGAAUGAAAGGUUUGAGUUAUUGUGCAGCUAUCACUGCUAACUUGUUCCAGCCACAUCCAGUUUUGUAUAUUGAUUGAUUUGAGCUCUUGGAGGAAAA